AUGAGUGAUAUUCAUCGACAAUUGAAUGACUCCAAUCCGAAUCGAAUCAUACUCGAGGAAACGUUUUACGUGCUCACGAAGAAAAACUCGACAUUUCGAGUGCGCCUCACGCGGCAAGGAUUGAUCCUGGUCAAGGAGAGCGAAACGCAGACGAAGGAGACGGUCAUCCCGAUCAAAGAUAUCAUCGGCUGCAGAUGUUUGCGCAGCAAGAAGGAGCGCUCCUGUUCCUGCCAGUCACUGCCGCGGAGUUCACUCAACGUCGUCGACGAGAACUCCGGGGAGCAGGACGACAGCGAUAUAAGCGCCUAUCUGUAUGUCUACGCCUACAUCCUGCAAUACAACAAGGAUGUGCCCGUGAAACGCGAACGCACAAUUAUCACGCUGCGGUUUCGCUCCUUCGAUAAAUACGAGGAUAAUAACAAAGAAGCGCAAAAGUGGCGUCUGGUGAUCAAGAUGCUUAUUCGUGGUGAGAAUCCCAAUCCGAGCCUGAAUUCAUUCGGCUGUAAAAUCAAGGACGAGCGAAAACUACUCGUGCUUUGCAAUCCAAAGAGCGGCCCCGGUAAAGGACGCUCGAUAUUCCUGCAGAAGAUUGCGCCUGUGCUGCUGGAAGCCGAGAUCCCGUACGAUUUACACAUCACGAAAUAUGCGAAUUAUGCGCGUGAAUUUGUCCGUCAGUCGAAUAUUUUCAACUGGAGCGCGAUCGUGUUGGUGGGAGGUGAUGGGAUCAUUUUCGAAGCAAUCAACGGCCUCUUCGAGCGUUUCGAUUGGGAAGAAGCUGUGCGAACAAUUCCACUAGGUGUGAUACCGGGCGGUUCCGGCAAUGGUCUUGCACGUAGCAUCGCUCACAAUGUAGGCGAACCAUAUACGACAAAUACAACACUACCAUCGGCGCUGUCGCUUGUCCGCAAUACCCGUACUUUAAUGGAUCUCGUGCGAGUGGAGACCACCUCGCAAAUACUGUUCUCUUUCCUCUCCGUGGGCUGGGGUUUCCUCUCUGAUAUCGAUAUCGAAAGCGAGAAGCUGCGAAUUCUUGGUGGGCAACGCUUUACCAUCUGGAGUCUGGCGCGAUUGAUUGGUUUACGCAGCUAUGGCGGCCGAGUGUGGUACCUACCCGCCACAAAUACCCCGGUGCACAAUACCCAUGACGUCAAGAAACCUGACAACAUCGAAAUACCAACCGAGAUGAACCUGGAGACACAAACAGGCCGUCAACGCGUCGAUUCCUGGUACAGCGCCGCCUCGAAACGCAGCGCGUAUUUCUCCGCGACGACGAACAGCAGUUAUCAAUCCACUGCGGAUAGCGGCCCUGAUGAAAAUCACAAAAACAACGUGCGAAUGUACGGCCCACCGUCGCAACUGCCUUGCCUGAACGCGCCGCCGCCGUCGAACUGGCAGUGCAUGGAGGGUCGCUUCAUUAUGGUACAUGCGUCUUAUCCGAGCCAUCUGGGCGAAGACUGUCUGUUCGUACCAGAGGCCAAGCUCAACGAUGGCAUCAUCUGGCUGGUGAUCAUCAAAGCAGACGCUACGCGCUCACAAGUAUUUCAUUUCCUUCUGGGUCUCAGCGAUGGCACACACAUGAAUACCGAUUGUGGGGACGCUAUCCAAAUGCUGCCCACUCGCGCCUUUCGCAUUGAGCCUGACAUGCACGAAAAGGGCUACAUGACUGUAGAUGGUGAGCACGUCGAGUACGGCCCGAUCCAAGGCGAAAUAUUCCCCGGGCUGGCCUCGGUGUUGGUUCCCUGAUACGAGGAGAGCCUGCAAAAUGUCUCCAAAAAACUAUCCAAUCUAGUAUUAUCGUCAAUGGAACCAGUAUUAAUUAAUUUCCAUGAUAUUUUAAAUCAACAUUCCAGACAAUUACUGCAAAGCAAUUAAUUAAUAUCUAGGUAACAAUACGCUACAAUCAAAGAUUGAAGCGCCGUUUUAUAUGAGAGCUGAUUUAUAGAAAUUUAUAUAUAUGCGACACGGUUGCAAAUUGUUUAUGUUGCUGUAGGAAAUUUAGUCGUUUGCAUUAAGACCUAAGAAUUGCACUCAUCAAAAAGUGCUGCAGGUCACCCACCAAAGUAAUAUGAGAAUGUUUAAAAUUAGACUCGCAGUACGUAUGAAACAAAAUGUUGAUUCCUACCGAUCAGCGUUGAGCACAAAUUUGAGCCGCUGAGUUAUCGACAGCUGCAAAUGUAUAUAUGAAUUUGAAAUUUGUUAUGUUGUGAGAGUUUUGAGAUACAUACAUAAACAAUCAUCGCAUAGCAUAUGAGAUAUCGCAAAGGGAACGUGAAUGUGGAGCGGUAUAAACCAAUUUUACUUCGAGCUGUGAUAAUACGAAGAAUUAAGUACAUAUUGUUAUUUUUAUUUGUAUAUAGGUCGAUAGAAAUUGCGGAGCUUUAUAUAUAUACAAAUAUGUUGAAAUCAUACGAAACCAGAGCAUUUAUAACUUAAUUUUAGUAGUACAGUGAGCACAAACAUAGAAAAUUCGUUAAAAAUUUCUGGACAAAAUUGCAUUUAUGAAUGUUGAAGUCCUUUGUUCGAUUUUUAUCGUUUUAAGUAAUUUCGUAUGAGUCAAAUUAAUUAACUAUUCGUAGACGCAACAAAUUACAAUAAUCAAUUCCGAUAGAUUUUAA